AUGACAACGGCCACGGGAAUUCCAGAGUUCGUUGAGCCUCGGCAGAUCACAGAGGACGAGCCGCUGCUAGGGCGGGUUGGUGAUGUUGCGCAACCACGAAUGGGUUCAUUGCUCAAAAAUCUCACCUUGGGAACUGCCAUGAUUGCUCAAGUCGGCGCCAUCCUUCUGGUCGCUGCCACCUGGGCAGCCGUGUUCCUCAUGGACUUAACCCUUUUCUCAGCCCAUCCCCUACUAAACUCCAUCGCCAUAUUAUUCCUCCUGCAAUCCAUCUUGGUUCUCCAACCCACGCAUACUCCCGAACAGAAGCGAAACGGCGCAAACGUUCACGCCCUGUUCAUCCUAUUAGCAAUGUUAUCUUUGCUCGGGGGUCUCAUCGUCAUUGAAUACAACAAGAUCAGAAACGGCGCCGUUCACUUCAAAUCAGCACAUUCGAAGCUUGGCAUAGCUGUGUAUGCAAUGCUAGUUUUACAGACUCUAGUCGGAUUUACUCAAUUCUAUACACCAAUGUUAUAUGGCAGCGUCGCAAACGCCAAGGUGAUCUACAAGUAUCACCGGAUGAGUGGCUACCUAUUACUUGUUCUGCUGCUAGCUUCUUUCGCUACUGCGACCCAGACAUAUUUCAACCUACAUGCUAUUCACAUCAAGCUUUGGGUAGUACUCGUAACAUCUGCAUUAAUUCUCAUUGGUGUCGUGCCGAGGAUAAAAAAGCAAAAGUUUGGGUUCUCCUCUUCAAAGUGA